AUGUGCUCCUUGGGGAUUCCGGAACUCAAUACAACCCGAGAAGCCGACUUUCUUCACAAGCGCCAAGAGAAUUUCAGGGGUCAUCCACGUCCUGCCAUCCGUUAUGCGUGGUGCCUUGGACUUGGCAUGCUCUGGCAUCUUGAUCAUCUCGGGGAUACCUUUCAGACGAGCAAGAUUUGGAGUCGAAACCUCCGCAUCAUCGCGUUCCGAAUCAACAUCAGAGUCAUCCGAUGGAAUUCCAUCACGAUACCAUUUAUCGGAACUGGUCUCUCCUCUGCCUUCUUCUUUCUCUCCACCGCCUCUCGAAGCUCAACCUCGGCGGCAACUCUCACCGCUUCUUCCAUCUCGGCCCUUUCAACCACUCUCUCGGCCUCAGCAGCAGCCGACGCUUCAUCCACAGCCGCCUUUCUUCAGCGCUCAGCCGCAUCCGCUUGGAUGGCUCCGCCGAGAAGCCUCUCAGGACGAGUAGUAGAUCCCGUCUGA